AUGUACGAUUGGGGGGGGAUCAAGACCCGCAAUGUAAACCUCUCCGGCUCUGGGGGCUGCAGCACAGCCCUAGGCAGAGAGGCCUUCCUGCAGCAGACACGGCUGCUGCGGCAGCAGCGGGAGCGGCGGCGGCAGCAGCAGCAAGCGCAGCUGAAGAUUGCUGCUGCAUGGAGAGCAUACAGACAGAGGCAGCAGCAGAAGCAACGAUGCAGAGAGGAAUUCGAUCAGCAGCAGGAGGAGUUGCUGCUGCAGCAGCAGCAACUGCAGCAACACAUGCAAGUCGAUGAUGACCCACAGCAGCAGCAGCAGCAGCAGCAGCAACAGCAGCAACAGCAGCAGCAGCAGCAGCAGCAGCAAGCCAGACGGAUUGCCUUCAGCUUCGAUCCCUUCAGCCCAGCUGACGGGCCUGAUGCUAAGCGGCUCCUUAUUGCUGCUGCUGCUUUGCCUCCUCCCGCUGCAGCAGCAGCAGCAGCAGCAACUGCAGCAGCAACUGCAGCACCAACAGAAGAAGCACCCGCAGCAGCAGACACAGCAGCAGAUGCAGCAGCAGAUACAGCAGCAGAUGCAGCAGCAGACACAGCAGCAAGCAUAGCAGCAGAUGCAGCAGCAGAUGCAGCAGCAACCACAGCAACGGACGCACCAACAACCCCAGCAGCAGGCACAGCAGCAGAUGCAGCAGCAGACACAGCAGCAGCAGAUGCAACAGCAGCAACAGGAGCAGCAGGAGCAACAAGCGAAGCAGCACCAGAAGCGGCCGGGGGAUCAUCAGCGGCAGGAAAAGCAGCAGCAGCAGCAGCAAGAAAGCCAGCAGCAGCAACAGCAGCAACAGCAGCACUGCAUGUCGCCAUGCUGCAUGCAUAA